AUGAAUGAAGAUAGAAAAAAUUUAUCUGAGCCCAUGGAAUUUGAAGACUCAAAGAACAGAAAAAGGUCCAGGGGAGGAUCAGAUUACACUGACGACCCAACCAUGAAGAAUAAGAUUCCCGCCACGAGAUCAUAUACAGCUAACCAAGAUGACAUCACUACAAAAUCAGACAAAGCAUCUGAAUUCUUCAAACCAGACAAUCAAGGCCCUUUUGGAGUAUGGAUAAAGAGGAAAAUCGAAAGCAAAGAAGGUCUAAGUGCUUUCAAAGUUGGCAGCGUUAUUUUUAAAAAAUAUAAAAAUAUUAUUGACAUUAAAAACAGAGGUAGAUUUAAAGUUGAAAUCCUCUUUUCAAAAAGGGAAGAGGCUAAUAAAAUACUCACGGAUAAAUCUCUUGAAGCUCACAAUAUGGAAACAUUUAUACCAAGCUAUAGAAAAUUUAGAAAAGGCGUAAUUAGAAAUGUGCCUCUUGAUUUACAGGAAGAAGAUAUCAAAGAAGCUAUUGUAUCACCAGUCGGUAUUACAGAAGUGAAAAGACAAUCUAGGAGGAAUAGGAACGCCAGUGGCUCUGAUGAUAAGUGGAUAAAAACCCAAACUAUUGUGGUGACCUUCUCUGGUCAAAUCUUGCCAAAAGAUAUAGUUCUAUACUACGUAAAAGCUUAUGUUGAGCCUUACAUACAAAAACCAAGACAAUACUAUAACUGUUUGAAAUUCGGACAUGUUGCAAAUACUUGCAAAGGUACGAAACGCUGUAUAAUGUAUGGUCUUGAAGAACACGAAACUGACACUGAUAAUGGCAGAUGCCCCAAAGAUAUUCCGUCGUGCUCCAAUUGUAGCGGGCCUCACAAAAGCAUAGAUUCUACCUGCCCUGUCUAUCAGAAAUAUUUAAGAAUCAAUGUUCUAAUGGCACAUGAUAAUAUUUCAUUUUCAGAAGCAAGCAAGAUUAUUACACCUCUUAUUCAAAUCCCUCCUAGAUCCAAAGAGCAUUACCCAAAUAUUAGAAGCAGACAUCAAGAUACGCUCAACAAUAUUGUUAAAGAACAAAGUCCAGUUAAUAGUAAAAAUAUAACAGAAGUAGUAUUACAUCACACGUUGCACAUUGAAGACACUCAAUCACAGAUCUGCUCGCUUGAUUUUCAAGACUCUUGUAAUAACACUACAUCUCAAAUAACCAAUUCAAAACAUUUUGGUGGAAGAAACUCUCCAAAUACUUCAAAUUCAUUCAAUUCAUUCUACAAUGUCAUUUCAGAAUCUACCGAGUCAAAUAAGAAAGAGCUAACGCCGUGCACAUCGCUGUCACCAAAGACACCUUCGUCGUCAUCCCCACAGCCGCAGAAGCUACAACAGAACUCGCCCAAGAUGAAGUCAUCAAAUUCGUCACUUCAAUCUACAAUUAAUAAAUUAACGUCUAGAUCGUCUAUUUCUAAUCAAAGUAACUCUACACACAAAGAAAUAAGACACUAUUUAGGGAAAAAGCCUGCAAGGCAUAAAAAACCACUUUUAUUUGAAAAUGCACUGAUGCUGAAAAGAUUGAUACAAAGAUUGGAUGACGUAAGGAGAUUGAAUAACGAGUAA